AGCAGUCUAAAAUGGCAGCGCACUGCAGAGGAGCGGCUCUUCCGGCUGAGGGAGUCCCUCCUACGCAAAUACGUCAACGGCUCUGGCCCAGUCAGGACUCCAGUUAGGUGAUGGAUCCCUGAGCAAAAGCAUGAGCCGAGAACACAUCUGAAGAAAAGCUGAAGUAGUGUAACCAUACCAACGCCAAGGCUGGAGCUAGCGGGGUCAAACCCCGGUGUGUUUGCUGGGGCCCCUCGUAUUUUUCUUUUAGCCCACCCGGUGAACAUCGUAGGAGAUGCGGGGACUCCUGCCUUUGUACCGGGGUCUGAGCCCCCUCAUGAGCAGCCAAGCCGCACGAACAGCGAGGGCUCUCGGUUUUGGGUGCGGGUUUUACGGGACACAGUCUAUAAAGGAGGCAAAACCAAGCUUUGGGCUGUUGUUUGAUAUAGAUGGUGUUCUAGUCCGUGGAAGAAUGCCAAUCCCUGCUGCCAAAAAAGCCUUUUCAAUGUUGGUAAACUCAAAAGGACAGUUUGUGGUGCCAAUUGUUUUUGUCACAAAUGCAGGGAACUGCCCCCGACAAACAAAAGCGGACCAGCUCUCACAUAUUCUGGGGGUACAGAUAGCACCAGAUCAGGUUAUCAUGUCACACAGUCCACUGAGAAUGUUCAAAAAGUACCACAACAAGUGUGUGUUGGUGUCAGGACAAGGGCCGGUCCUGGAAAUAGCAAAAAAUUUAGGAUUUAAUAAUGUGAUCAGUAUUGAUAUGCUACGGGAGUCCUUCCCAUUAUUAGACAUGGUGGACCAUAAUAGAAGACCCAAACUUCCGUCUAGUCCAGUCAGCAAUCUCCCUAAGGUUGACGCUGUGGUCCUAUUUGGAGAGCCAAUUCGAUGGGAGACCAACCUGCAGCUCAUCAUUGAUGUUUUGUUGACUGGUGGAAAUCUCAGCAGUGUUCAGCAGACUCAGAAGCUGCCUCACUUGCCACUGUUGGCCUGCAACAUGGACCUCAUGUGGAUGGCUGAGGCCCAUUUACCACGGUUUGGCCAUGGGACAUUCCUUGUUUGCCUUGAAAAUAUUUAUAAGAAGAUCACAGGUGAAGAGCUGAAGUAUGAGGCUCUUAUGGGGAAACCUAGUAAGCUCACUUACCACUUUGCUGAGUACCUCAUCAGGUGUCAGGCCAUGGAAAGAGAGUGGAAGAAUCCUAUCACCUCACUGUAUGCCAUAGGGGAUAACCUCAUGACUGACAUAUAUGGUGCUAACCUCUACAACCGCUACCUGGAGGAGAGAAUAGCCAGAAAGAACCCAAAAGCUGUUGCAAAGAUUGCCACAGCAACUGGAUCUACUGCUGCCGUUCCUGAGGUGGAUGAGGGGGAAAACAUGUGGGAGAGUGAAUUCGCUUUGCCCUCUGCCACGUCCUGCAAGUCUAUCCUGGUUUGUACUGGCGUCUACAACCCUAAAGCAGAAGUACCGACCGAUGCAAACCAGUGCAUUAAGGAAACAGUUUUUCAUGGGCACCGGGACUUUAGAUUUGACCCUGCGCUAGUCGAACCAGGGCACAUCGUAAAAGAUGUGUUUGAGGCAGUUGAGCUAGUUUUUGAACAAGAAAAGUUUUCGCCUCAGUAGUUAAUGUUGCUAAGGUUACUGAGGUUAUGUUAGCAAUACUGACUGAGUGCCACUUAAUGCAAAAAGUGCUGGAGAAACACUGUGUUUAACUAUGUAAUGGGAGGAUGGACUGAAUACCAUUGCUAACACUAAGAAAAGUUUAGAAAAUAUUUUAUUGCAGCUGUUGCUGUCAAUUUUAUUUUGUAUAGUUUUUGUGAUGUAUGACUUCUCCAAAACUGCCUUAUUUUCCCCAAGUAUUUUUAGAAUUUGAUAAUAUUUUAGAUUGUUACAGAUCCUUUAUGACCUUAUAUUUAUUUCAGUGUUACAAAGCACAUCCAAAUAGUAUUUUAAACCUUUAAGAUGACUUUUAUGCUAACCUUUGCAGUCAUUUGUUUACCCAUUUGUCCUAAAACAUCUAUGCAUGAGUUAAUAUGUGCACUGUAUAUCAGUCAUUAAAUGUGCAAUAUUGUCCUGGUACUGUCUGCAUUUUUUCCUCUUGUUGUGAGAACCCAUAACAACGUAGUUCCACCAUUUUUGCUCAUAAAAUACAGUGCAAUGGAAA